GAGCGGCGGGAGGCAGCGGGGGAGGCAGCGGGUGAGGCGAGGGUAGUCCCGCGCUAUCCGCGGCGCCUCGCCUUGCCUUCCAGCGGGUUUCUCUUCAGGGGCUUUAUUUUGCCGCAGAGCCCCUAUCCCCCUCUCCGCCCCUCAGACGAAGUCCCCCGCCGCCCUCAGCCUGCCCCCGCUCCAGCCGCUAUGUCUCUCGGCCAGCGCUUGGCCCGGCUAGCCGCCCACUUGCAGGACCCGCGGAAAGUGGCCGCGUUCCAGCGGCUGUGCGGGGUUGAGGGGCCCUCGGGCUGGUCCGGCGGGGAGCAACGGGGGCCGGUGGCGAACGGUGGCCCCGCGGGCGAGCAGGCGCAUCCCACUGGGAACGGGGCCGUGCCCGGCGCGGGAACCCCGCGGCGCUGGAGAAGGAGGCCGCGCCGAAACUCGCUGACGGAGGAGGAGGACGGCAGCCAGGAGUUCGCCACUCGCAGCCGCUUCCUCUACUAUCUGUUCAGCCUGGGCACGGAGCUGGGCAACGAGCUCUUCUACAUCCUCUUUUUCCCUUUCUGCAUCUGGAAUGUGGACGCCUGGCUGGGCCGGAGGCUCAUCAUCAUCUGGGUGUGGGUGAUGUACCUGGGGCAGUGCACCAAGGAUGUGAUCCGCUGGCCGCGUCCUGCCUCGCCGCCCGUGGUGAAGCUGGAGGUCUUCUACAACUCCGAGUACAGCAUGCCCUCCACCCACGCCAUGUCGGGUACCGCCAUCCCCCUGGCGCUCCUGCUGCUCAGCUACGGCCGCUGGCAGUAUCCCCUUAUGUUUGGACUGAUCCUGGCAUUCUGCUGGUGUUCUUUGGUUUGCUGUAGUCGAAUUUAUAUGGGAAUGCAUUCAAUUUUGGAUGUUAUUGCUGGAUUUCUGUAUGCUAUUCUUAUCCUGGUUGUCUUCCAUCCAGUUGUGGACCUGAUUGAUAACUUCAACUUAACUUACAAAUACGCACCCUUAAUUAUCAUCAGUCUUCAUUUGGCCCUGGGCAUCUUCUCUUUCACCCUGGACACGUGGAGCACGUCACGAGGAGACACAGCUCAGAUCCUGGGCUGCGGUGCCGGCGUGGCCUGUGGCUCUCACGUCAACUACGUCCUGGGUCUGCAGCUGGAUCCUCCUCCCCACGCCUUGCCCUUGUCUCUGUCCUCCCUCACUGUGACUGUGUUUGGAAAAGCCAUCCUGCGGUUGUUGAUUGGAGUCAUCAUUCUGUUGUUAACAAAAGUGGCCAUGAAGAAAGCCACGAUUCCGCUGGCAUGUAAAAUAUUCCGCAUCCCUCACGACGACGUGCGGAGAGCCAGGCAGCGCAUGGAGGUCGAGCUGCCCUAUCGUUACAUUACCUAUGGAAUGGUGGGGUUCUCCCUCAUGUUUAUUGUUCCUUGCCUCUUCCAUUUCAUUGGUCUUUCCUGAUGCAGUUUGAUCACUUUGAGUAGGGAGAACUGAGCUAGUUGCUUUUUGAAGAGGUGCACUAGUUUGCUAAGGGAAGGCCGGCCGGCUUGGCUUUAGCAGGGUCUUCCUAUUAACAGCAAUACAAAGCAGGCAAAGCAUUUAAAGGGCUUUGCACAUCUCUGGGGAUGGUUUAGGGCCAGCAGUCAGGAAUCAGUCCAGGAGAAGUGCUGACCUCUGUAAAUGCUGUUUUUGGACUUACUGCUGUAACCAAGUCUGUGUGUGUGAUGCAGUGAAUGUAUCUGGGAUGGCUGCCAGUCUGUACCUGUGUACACUGACACUUCAGCAGCAAUGUCUGACAGCUCAUCAGAAGGCUCCAUUCACAAUUUGUUUGCCAUUUCACGGUAAUUAGUUCAAGUCAUUGGACCACAGGCUGUUAAAUUUGCUUUCUUGUAUUCUUUCCUGAACAUCUGCUUCAAGGUAUUUCAGCUAAUAGUUAUUUCUAACGGACCAAAUUUGUAAUGAGGUUGAAUUUUUCUAAAUAAACAAGGAGAAGCCUUUUUCUUUA